AUGCCACCUAACCCGCCGCGCUCCACCCGCCACGCCACUUGCGCCGCCUCCCACCACCAUGCCACCACUUCAACGCCCGCCGCCGCUGCCGCCCACCAUGCCGCUAACCUUACGCCAUCACACCCGCCAUUACCUCCAAUGCCUUACCUCCACCCACCAUGCCGCCCGCAUGCCGCCCUCCACGCCAUGCCACCAGCAGCGCCACCCAUCCACCCACCAUGCGCCUGCCUGCCCCUCCACCCGCUGCCGCCCCUCAUACCGCCCUCACCGCCAUGCGCCCUCAGCCACCGCCCCUCCACACCCAUGCCACUAAACGCCAUCACGCCCGCCAUGCACCUAGCCCGCCUGCUCUCCCGCCAUUGCCACUUCAGCCUUGCCGUCACCAGCCGUGCCGCUAACCUUGCGCCCAUCACCCGCCAUGCCGCCUGGCACGCCACCUCCGCCCCACCAUGCCGCUACACCCUUGCGCCCGCUCCGCCCGCCAUGCCGCCAGCCUGA